GCUCUCUGUCUCUCAUUCUCUCUCUCGCAAAUAAAUAAAAUCUUAAAAAAUAAAUAAAUAAAUAAAAUUGCCCACAGAUCUAAAUUUAAAAAAAAAAAAAAAAAGUGAUACAGAAACUAAAAAAGUAAGGAACCCACUCGCUACGUUUGAAGUGAAAGAAGACCAAGAGUUUGACGUGCAAAUGGCAAAAAGUAUGAACCAAAAUAGCACUAAUUCUAAAUUAGACAUUGGACGUAUACCUCAGUCUAGUGAUUCAGAAAGCCGUUUCGACAAAAGGUUUUCCCGCUCCAAUGAGAUGAGACAAAUGGCUCAAAUAAAAAGGCACCAUAGUUCUGCCGUUACAAACAUUUACAAGAAAACAAAAGUCUUGUUCCAGAAGCCAUUCUGUGCAGUUAAUAACAGUACUAAUAACUAUAGAAGUAUGGAACCCGAAUUAGAAAAUGUGAGUUCUUCUCCACCAUGUAGUUACAGAACAUCAGAAGUAUGUCUAAAAGAAGAAUUACAGCAAGAUGUUCAAAAGUUUAAGAACGAGAUAGGCAUGUUACAGAUAGACAUCCGGGAUUUGGAAAAAAAGAAAGUUCAACUUCAAAAAGAGAUUAAUGAAGAAAAGAGGAGACACCAAAGUAAUGAGACGGCAGUAUUAGAAAACACAUAUGCUGUCGCUGCUGCUGCUGCUGGACUCAUUCAACAAAGAGAGAGUGGAAAAACUGAAAACCACCUCUUUCCUGUUGGGAAAAAGGAAGAUUCUGAUGGUAGUAAUCCUGGUUUGCAUAUGAAGGAAGUAAGGAGAGAUGAAAAUGAAAAAUGGACAUCAGAAGUAUCUGUGUUUACACCAGGGCUUGAGAAGGCGGAUUCCCUACCUUCUCAUCCACCACAAGUGAAUGAUGACAGCACUUCAAGUGAAAUGGAUCAGGAUGAAGUAAGACCUGCAAAGGAAACGGCUCAUGAAAAGAAAGAGGUCAAAAAGCAAAUUAAUUUUAUGGAUGACCUUGACUUAACUGAGUCAUCUGGAACAGCUUCAGAGGAUUCCAAGUUGCCUUGCUAUAAGUAUAUGAGUUGCAAGUCGCUAAUUGUACAAGUUGGCCAGGAUCGUAAAGAUUUACCUUCAAACAAGAAGAAGAAAAAAGAAGAAAUGCUGAUAAAUUAUAUGAAAAAAUGGAGCAAUUCAGAGAAAAAGAAGAGCAGUAUAAUGAAGUUGAAAUGAAACAAGUUGAAUUCAUCUUGCAACAGUAGGUGCGAAUUGAGGACUGUGAGAAAUAAUUUGGAUCAGGUUGUAGAAGAGUGAAAUGACGCUAAGUUACAACUUUCUCGAGAACAGAAUGCCAGAGUAUUAUAAGAUGGAAUUCUAAAGAAUCACCUUUGCAAACAAAAGGAGAUAGAAAUGUCUAAUAGUCAUAAAGAAGAAAAAGAUCUGUUGCCUAAAACCCACAUGUGGCAGGAUGAAAUUGCCAUGCUAAGACUGGAAAUAGACACAAUAAACAAUAAGAACCAGGA